UCUCAACCACCCCAAAAACAUUCUUCGUCUAGACAGAGGAAAAUGAUAAUGAGAAGAAGUCUAAAGCUGAGAAGCAUCACGAUGAUGAUAUUAAUGGCCGUUUUGGUCUGGUCUGUAACUCUAGAGACCUGCAUUGCUCGAAGAGGAAGGCAUUGGAGACAUAACCACCGAAGAUCCUCUUCAUCUGACGUGUCUGAUUCCUUGUCAGGCAAGAAACCUAAGAGCCAUGGGAACAGUCAUCAUCACAGCUCUCACAACAACAACAAUAACCAUCAACACAAGUCUAAACCUAAACCAAAACCAAAACCAAAGCAGAAACUUCCACCAAAAGCUGACGACAGUAACUCUCCGGUGGUUUCACGGCCACCAAAAGUCCAACCGCCGUCUCUUCCGCCGCUAAAGGGAUCUCACGUCUUCAAUGUGAUGGAUUUUGGGGCAAAGGGUGAUGGCAAAUGUGAUGACACUAAGGCGUUUGAAGCGGCUUGGGCAGCAGCUUGCAAAAUCGAAGCAUCAACGAUGAUCGUACCGCCUGAAUACACUUUCCUUAUUGGUCCAAUCUCAUUCUCUGGUCCUUAUUGUCAAGCUAACAUUGUGUUUCAGCUUGAUGGUACAAUCAUAGCUCCAACGGAUUCAAAGACAUGGGGAAAAGGGUUAAUGUGGUGGAUUGAUUUCACAAAGCUGAAAGGAAUCAAAGUACAAGGGAAAGGUGUGAUAGAUGGAAGAGGCUCUGGUUGGUGGCAACAAGAUUACCCUUUCAUUGAUGGUGAAACCAAACUCAUCGUUCCCUUAAACAAUUCUGCUCACCAAAACCCUCCAAUGCCGAUACGAAGUGAGCUUGAUUGGAAAAUGCCAAGCAUCAAGCCAACGGCAUUGCGAUUCUACGGGAGUAUUGGCGUGGAAGUGUCGGGUAUAACGAUCCAGAACAGUCCUCAAUGUCACCUCAAAUUCGAUAACUGCGUCGACGUUGUGGUACAUGACGUGGCCGUUUCUUCACCCGGUGACAGUCCAAACACAGAUGGGAUUCACCUACAGAACACCAGAGAUGUCCUCAUCCACAGCUCAACACUCGCUUGCGGAGAUGAUUGUAUCUCGAUCCAAACGGGUUGCUCGAAUGUAUACGUACACAACGUGAACUGUGGACCGGGUCAUGGGAUCAGCAUCGGUAGUCUCGGUAAGGACAGCACAAAAGCCUGCGUAUCGAACAUAACAGUGCGAGACGUGGCGAUGCACAACACGAUGACAGGUGUCCGGAUCAAGACAUGGCAAGGAGGAGUGGGAUCAGUGAAAGGGAUCCUCUUCUCGAACAUUCAGCUCAACGAGGUCCAGCUUCCGAUAGUGAUAGACCAAUUCUACUGUGACCAUAGCAAGUGUAAGAACCAGACAUCAGCAGUAGCAGUGGAAGGAGUGACCUACGAGAGGAUAAAAGGCACUUAUACAGUGAAGCCUGUGCAUUUCGCUUGCAGCGAUAACUUCCCUUGCGUAGAUGUGCAGUUAUCUGCAAUUGAGCUUAAACCGGUUCAAGAACGGUAUCAUAUGUAUGAUCCUUUUUGCUGGCAGACAUUUGGUGAGCUCAACACUCCUACGGUUCCUCCCAUUGAUUGUUUACAGAUUGGUAAGCCCGCGAGAAACAGAGUUCAGUCAGAUCACGAUAAUAUUGACACUAGUGAAAAAUAA